AUGCAGUACCGUAUUGGAAAGAAGAUCGGAUCUGGCUCCUUUGGUGAUAUUUACCUUGGCGUGAAUAUCAUUAGUGGCGAAGAGGUUGCCAUUAAAUUGGAGUCUGUAAAGGCCAAGCACCCUCAACUUGAAUAUGAAGCGAAGGUGUACAAGACUCUUGCGGGGGGUGUGGGCGUGCCCUUUGUGAGAUGGUAUGGCCAGGAGUGCGACUACAAUGCGAUGGUGAUUGACCUACUUGGUCCGUCGCUAGAGGAUCUGUUCAACUUUUGCAACCGGCGUUUCUCGCUCAAGACAGUGCUUCUGCUGGCAGACCAGAUGAUUUCGCGCGUCGAAUACAUCCACUCACGUAACUUUAUCCACCGUGACAUUAAGCCCGAUAAUUUCCUUAUGGGCAUUGGCAAACGCGGCAACCAAGUCAACGUGAUUGACUUUGGUCUCGCCAAAAAGUACCGUGACCCAAAGACGCAUCUGCACAUUCCCUACCGUGAGAACAAGAAUCUCACGGGCACGGCUCGCUACACGUCUAUCAAUACACACCUGGGUGUGGAGCAGUCUCGUCGCGAUGACUUGGAGUCUCUGGGCUAUGUAAUGAUGUACUUCUUGCGGGGUUCGCUACCUUGGCAGGGACUUAAGGCUGCCACCAAGAAGCAAAAGUAUGAACGCAUCAUGGAAAAGAAGAUGAUGACGCCUACGGAGUCUCUCUGCCGCGGCUUCCCGACAGAGAUGGCCAUAUACCUCAACUGCUGUCGCUCCCUCCGCUUUGACGACCGCCCGGAUUACAGCUACUUGCGCAAACUUUUCCGUGACCUCUUUGUUCGGGAGGGAUACCAGUAUGACUAUGUAUAUGACUGGAGCAUCCAGCCGCGGGAACGGGUGGAGCACCCGUCGCGUGGUCUGGCAGCUCCAGCCACCCAAGAUGAGGCGGCUCAAAAGGCGACCGGCGCUGGUCAGGCGCCUCGACGCAAGGUUCUGCCGGCGGACCAAUUGGCCAGUGCGGACUCACCAGUGCGUGCGCCGAUGGUAUCUUCUGCCAACGACUAUGCGCGGGCCAUGCCCUCAACGAGUGCCAUGUUGCCUGAGUCCGCUCCCAUGAGCCCGUCUGCCAUGCCUGGAAGCAGCACCGCCCAGCCUAUGUAUAUGGCUUCUCAGCCUGCUAACGAGGCUGAGUGGCGCUGA